AUGAUUCUAGGAUUCUUCUAUGGACUUUUCCUGAGCCUGAUCCUCUACCAUUUCGUAAUUGUCGAUUUAGAAUUCACCGAUCAGACCACUCGUCUAAUGGGCAUCGUCAUCAGUCUAUUUUUGAGCAUCGGCCAUGCCAUUUCACAACAGGUUCGGUGUUUGGGACUUUUGGCGAUGCCAACGUUCUGUGACAAGUCCGGUCAACGCGUACUGGUUACCAUGGUAUUUGCGUACGUAAUGGCCGGCCCUCUGAAUAACAUAAUGAGAAACGGGUCCGAAGUGAUCAGAGUGUUCACCUGUUCCAGUGCGCUGGUAUAUAAUUUGACCAAGGUCCGUUAUGAACUCAUGUUCAAACCGUUCCAGGAAGCGCUGUUUAACCUCAAGGCUGAAACGAACGAGAUAAAAGAAACCAUAAAUUCCAUCAACGACGUGAUAGAUCCGAUUCGACAGGAAUUCGAAUCAGACAGUGACGAUAUCGUACUACACGAGAGAAACGACUACUUAGACGAUCUGGAAAUGAGACCAUCGAAAAUGUACAAUGCAAAAUCUUCCGGGCAUACGAAAAAUAUGUACAAGAUUCCGGAGCCGAGUGAAGUGGAAACAAAGUACAGAGAUAAAUUGCGCAGAAAAUGCAAAGGCAUCAUUGACCGGGCGGACGAUAAGUGCAAGGCAGCGUUUCAGAGCAGCUACAACAUUUGCAAGGACUCUGUACACUGGUCCGUGAACUGGGCCCUGUGCUGGCCCAUGCAAGUCACUUUCGUCUGCAACCUUGCACCACUGUUUGGUGGCGGAGACGUGUGCAAUUCCGGGACAUCAGUAAAUUCCGGUUUUGGCAAGGGAUACGUGUACCUGACAAAGUCCAAGGACGAAUUAAAACGAGAAUUCCUGCACGUAAAAGUCAAUUACAAGUUGAACAAAGUGAAAAUAAUGCCUGAUCAAUUUCGGGACGCCUACGACGUAACCAGGGACAUGAUGAUAGAUUUCCGGGAGAAAAGACGGACGGCCGAGUUUGUAUUCGUAUGCAUACGCCGUCUGCUGGCCUUUUCGUUCCUCAAAAUACUGUUGGACAGUCAGAGUUACAUGCACAAAUACCUGACGGAUAUCGAACACGACAACACUUACGUUACCCGGUAUUACCGGAAGAUCGACGCCCGGCGCAAACAUACUGGCAAGCACACGUUGCUACCGCUCAAGAAGACCGAAAAAAGCAAAACGAUCGACUUGAGGAGCUACAAGCUGGUUAACCGCGAGUGUGACCACCUGUUCAAAUCUUUGGUAAAAUUGGUGUUUGAAAUUAUCGCUGCCUCGUCGUUGGUUUUAUUGGACAUCGUGUUUUAUGAGGCAUUGGACGUGAUCAGGAGACACGCAAAAAUCGAUUACUUCCAGACCGGACACCAUAACCUGCACAUAAAGGUCAAGGGAACCGGUAUGAUCGCUAACUUGCUCAGAUCUGUCGUGGAUCGGUUCAAUUUCAGGAAAAACAUUACCGUCAACCUUAGCAACGAAAUGUGUCUCCCGAAUCCACACAAGUUGGACGCGUAUUACCUGCACAAGAUAUACGGGACGUUAAUGCUGGUGUUCGUCAUGACCGUAUUCGCCGGAUAUUCAGGUCGGCUAAAACGACUGAUUUGCGCAGUAUUCUUCCGAAAGAGAGAAAAGCGCCGCGUGCUGUACCUAUACAACGAGACAUUAAGGAAGCGAACGGCGUUCUUCAGGUACAUGAAGCAAAAGGUGUCGAAAUUGGCCCGCGAAAACAAAUUAUCGGAAGAUCUUGACAUUUUUCUGAUGUUGAGAUUAAAGUUCCCGGCAGUAUUCGGCUGGCUGGUGUGGUUUGCAUGCGGUCGUCGAAAAUGUCUGAUUUGUGGCGAACCAGAAACGAUUGCCGGCAAACAGUAUGGUUGCAACACCAUUGGGUGCGUUUAUAUACACUGCGAACAGUGUUGGAAAGAUGUUGGUGUCUGUUAUGCCUGUUCAGACACAUUCAACAAAGAAGACAAUGAACACAAUAAUUUAGAUGCGGAUACUACUGCUGAGGGUUAUGCGGACACUGAUUAUUAG